AUGUAUAGUAAACUGGUACCAUUUAUUUGUAUUCUAAAAUCUGAAACGAUGUUUUUUAAGGGAAAAUGUAUUCGUAGCACUAAUGUUAGAACUGGUGUAACAUUAGCUAUUUAAAUAUGAACAUUUUCUGCUUUGUUUUGAUAUGGGGCGGCAUUAACUGUUCGGCGUUUGGUAUCGAAAACAAUUCUACGAGUACUAACUUCGGAAUACCUGCUGAGCGGUCGCAAGAAAUAGAAGAGAUAUCACAUUUACCAGAAGAUACAACGUUUUUAACUACCACACUACCUAUUCAAACUAGUAAAACACUUGAAAAAACGGAUGAUGAAAAUUUCAAAUCGAACUGUGGUACACAAAUUUUCAAAGGAAAGAAGUCUGGUUACAUUACAAGUCCAGGCUUUCCUGGUCACUAUGACAACAACGUCACGUGCUUGUGGUCAAUCGUUGCCCCUGCUGGCUUCUAUGUCAAAUUAACUUUCGAUAAUUUUGGACUUGAACAGGGAAUUGAAGACGAUUUAAAUGAGAAAAUCAGCUGCGAAUACGACUACGUUUAUGUGUUUGAAGAAUUCUGGGUCGAACAAAGCUUUCGCACAUUUCGGUCAUCCAGAUCGCGCAUGCGCCGAGACUGGGGCACAUACUGUGGCAGCAAAGUGCCCCCUGUAAUCACAAGUUUAAGUCCUGGCUCGACAUUGUUCUUGUAUUUCCACAGCGACGAAUCAGAGACUCGAAAGGGAUUUUUUGCAACUUUUCAAAUACUGCAAACGCGCGGAAGAAGUGCUGUAAUACCAUGGGAAAACACCAGGCAUUCCCGUGAAAGGGAAAUCAUGAAAGUUCUUUCCAUGAUCGUACUGACAGUGGUGCUCGGUACAGUGUUUAGUGGACUCGUUUACAAGUGCUUACGAAGCACAGUGGAUCUGGGUAACCAAUGUUGCGGCAUAGAAGACAAUGUUUCGCCUGAAGUUCCAGACCCAUGUCCACCCCAGCGACUACCCACACCGCCCCCAGCGUACGGUGAAGUGGUGAAGACUGAAGAAGACUGGAAUCGUGUGAUCGCCCAGUUAGGUGAAUCCUCAGCUAUUGCGUUACGUCAGCGACUUGACACGGAACAGCUACAGAUCACCUAUGACCUUUCACCCAAUGACGUCAUGGAUACAUCUCCGCCAGGAUAUUCAUCCGCGUCAUCAUCUUUGACCACCGACUCCAACGUUGACCUUACUUUGACCCCUAAUAGUUCAACCACGGUCCAAAAUCGAGAAGAAAUGCUCGAAAAUGAAGUUGUACAUUUUGAGUACGAAGAUGAGACAGCACAAAGACAAAUGCAAUCUAAUAGUUUCAGCAGCAGACCUGCUAUUUGUAGCCCAAGAAAUUCGGUGCCACCCUAAUUAAACGAUGUUCUAAAAUCGUUAACUCCUAAUUAAAUACUGUUAUAAACG